UGCUCUUCUCCACCACCACUCACUCCCACUGCUAAAUUUAUUAACUAACAUUUUUCCUUCAAGAAGAAGAAGAAGAAAUGGACUGUGUUUUUGAACACUUGAUAUUUUCUAAUGAAUGCAUGAUUAAGCAGGAAUAUGGCUGUCGUCAUUACAAGAGGAAGUGUAAGAUCGUAGCGCCCUGUUGCAACGAGACAUUUGAUUGUAGGCACUGCCACAAUGAUGCAAAGCAGAACUCUAUAGAAAUUGAUCCACUCGAUCGCCAUGAUAUCCCGCGCCAUGAAAUUACAAGGGUCAUUUGCUCAGUGUGUGACACAGAACAAGAUGUCCAGCAGAAUUGCAUUAGCUGUGGUGUUUGUAUGGGGAAGUACUAUUGCUCGAUAUGCAAGUUCUUCGAUGAUGAUAUUUUAAAGAAUCAAUAUCACUGCGAGAAAUGUGGAAUAUGCAGAACCGGUGGCAAAGACAACUUUUUCCACUGUGAUAAAUGUGAAUGCUGCUAUUCAAAUGUGUUGAAGGAUUCACAUAUAUGCAUAGAGAGAGCAAUGCAUCACAAUUGUCCAAUUUGCUUUGAGUAUCUUUUUGACACGCCUAGAGACACUACCGUGUUGCCAUGCGGUCAUACCAUACAUCUCGACUGCGUUAAGGAGAUGGAGCGCCAUUUCCAGUAUUCUUGCCCGGUAUGCUCAAAGUCGUAUUGUGACAUGACCUGCGUCUGGGAGAAGCUGGAUCAGGAGGUUGCUUCAACGCCUAUGCCUCAAAUGUAUCAGAACAAAAUGGUUUGGAUUCUCUGCAACGACUGUGGGGAAACAUCCGAGGUGAACUACCAUAUACUCGCGCACAAAUGCACCAACUGCAACUCGUACAACACGAGGCAGACGAGAGGACGUUCCCAUACAUCAUGCGCCUCACAACUUGUUUAGAUGGAAAAACCAAAAAUAAAAUAGAGGAAGAAGUAUUCUUGGAGUAGGAAUAAGGCUGUAGGCUGAAGCCAAAAGAUAGUGUUGUUCAUUUAUUCUUACUUCACUACUUAGGAAAUAUUCUGUAAAUCCAUCUUCAGCUUAGCCUCUCCUCUGUUCAUAUUAAUCUACUCAUCACCGUUUAAUCUUUA